CGGGGACAGCCGCAGCCGGCUUCUCCCGUCUACGGCCGGAGUCCAGACUGCAGCGGCCGCACACUAGAGCCGCUGCGCUUGCGCCGCGCCCGGGCGGGGAGGAGAAGCGAGCGAGAACUCGGGAGGGCCGCGAGGACCCAAGGGGCAACGAGGGAGAGUAGGGGGUGCGGCCUCCGAGGGCGACUGGGUGGAGGUCUGGAGGCUACGUUCGCGUGCGUAGGGCGAAGGGGCCUCUGUAGCCGCGUCCGCAGCUUCCGGAGCUGGGACUCGGGAGCCCCAGCUGGCCCCCGGAGUUUGAGCGGCCCAGAGGUGGCCGGGCAGGAGGAGGGGGCGGACGCUGGCGGUCUGAGCCGGCGCGGCCCGGCCCUUCCGGGGCUGCGCUGCUCCUCCGCCUCGGAGCCGGCAAAAAUGUGCCUAGUCACGGGGCCGCUCUCGGGGGAAUUGAGGUCUCCUCCGAACUGGGACCCGGAGCCCCUGCUCUGCCACCGCCCCCAUCCACGGCCUCCGUGGGCGCGGACUGUGGCGCUGCGCGCCCACCCCGCUGGACCGUCGAAGGGCGCUUGGUUGCGAAGUAAUCGGUCAGUCCCUCCGCCGGAUAGCUGCUAGGCAGCUUGGCGAGAAAGCCCAGCCCCCAGGCUGGGGGAGGGAAGAGGUCGCGAAUUGCCCGGCGCGCUCCGAUGCCCCGACGUGCGGCAGUCCAAACGGACCUGCGCGCUUGCUCGCGUAGUGAGAAAGGUUCGGGCUCCGAGAUGCAAGGUCAGCCUCUGGCAACCGGCCGGAUAUGGAUUUGAUUGACAUACUUUGGAGGCAAGAUAUAGAUCUUGGGGUAAGUCGAGAAGUAUUUGACUUCAGUCAACGACGGAAGGAGCAUGAGCUCGAAAAACAGAAAAAACUUGAAAAGGAAAGACAAGAACAACUCCAAAAGGAGCAAGAGAAGGCUUUUUUUGCUCAGUUACAACUAGAUGAAGAAACAGGUGAAUUCCUCCCAAUUCAGCCAGCCCAGCACAUCCCAUCAGAAACCAGUGGAUCUGCCAACUACUCCCAGGUUGCCCAUAUUCCCAAACCAGAUGCUUUGUACUUUGAUGACUGCAUGCAGCUUUUGGCAGAGACGUUCCCAUUUGUAGAUGACAAUGAGGUUUCUUCAGCUGCGUUUCAGUCCCUUGUUCCUGAUAUCCCCAGCCAAGUCGAGAAUCCAGCCUUCGUUGCUCCUACUCAGGCUCAGUCACCUCAAACUCUGGUCGUUCAGUCAGUCAUUGCUGAUCUAGACAAUAUGCAGCAGGACAUUGAGCAAGUCUGGGAGGAGCUGUUAUCCAUUCCAGAAUUGCAGUGUCUUAAUAUUCAAAAUGACAAGUUGGUUGAGACUAGCACGGUUCCAAGUCCAGAAACCAAAAUGACAGAAAUUGACAACAAUUAUCAUUUCUACUCAUCAAUGCCCUCACUGGAAAAAGAAGUAGGUAACUGCAGUCCACAUUUUCUCAGUGCUUUCGAGGAUUCCUUCAGCAGCAUCCUCUCCACAGAAGAUUCCAGUCAGUUGACCGUGAACUCAUUAAAUUCAGAUGCCACAAUAAACACAGAUUUUGGUGAUGAAUUUUAUUCUGCUUUCAUAGCAGAACCCAGUAGUAGCAACAGCAUGCCCUCCUCUGCCACUUUAAGCCAGUCACUCUCUGAACUUCUUAAUGGGCCCAUUGAUGUUUCUGAUCUAUCACUUUGUAAAGCCUUCAACCAAAACCACCCUGAAACCACAGAAUUCAAUGAUUCUGACUCUGGCAUUUCACUCAACACCAGUCCUUGCAUGGCAUCACCAGAACACUCGGUGGAAUCUUCUGUCUAUGGAGACACACCACUUGGCUUCAGCGAUUCUGAAAUGGAAGAGAUAGAUAGUGCUCCUGGAAGUGUCAAACAGAACGGUCCUAAAACACAGCCAGUCCAGUCUGCUGGAGACACAGCCCAAUCCCCAUCACCAUCUCCAGGGCACAGCGCUCCAGCGCGUGAUGCCCAGUGUGAAAACACGCCAAAGAAAGAAUUGCCUGUAAGCCCUGGUCAUCGAAAAACCCCAUUCACAAAAGACAAACAUUCAAGCCGCUUGGAGGCUCAUCUCACAAGAGAUGAGCUAAGGGCAAAAGCUCUCCAUAUCCCAUUCCCUGUUGAAAAAAUCAUUAACCUCCCUGUUGAUGACUUCAAUGAAAUGAUGUCCAAGGAGCAAUUCAAUGAGGCUCAGCUGGCAUUAAUUCGAGAUAUACGCAGGAGGGGUAAGAAUAAAGUGGCUGCUCAGAAUUGCAGAAAAAGAAAACUGGAAAAUAUAGUGGAACUGGAACAAGAUUUGGAUCAUUUAAAAGAUGAAAAAGAAAAAUUGCUCAAAGAAAAAGGGGAGAAUGACAAAAGCCUCCAUCUACUGAAAAAACAACUCAGCACCUUAUAUCUCGAAGUCUUCAGCAUGCUCCGUGAUGAAGACGGAAAACCUUACUCUCCUAGUGAAUACUCCCUGCAGCAGACAAGAGAUGGCAACGUGUUCCUUGUGCCCAAAAGUAAGAAGCCAGAUACGAAGAAAAACUAGAUUUGAGAAGAUCUGACCUUUUCUGAGCUAGUGGGUUGUUUGUUUUGGGGUUUUUUGUUUGUUUUGUACUGUUAUACUAAAAGCUCCUACUGUGAUGUGAAAUGCAAAAAUAUACUUUAUAAGUAAUUCUAUUCAAAAUUAUAGUCAAAACUAGGAUAGAAAAUAAUAUAAACUUUAAAAAGCAUUAAAAUAAGUCAUCAGUAUGCUGAAUCAGUAGUUUCACUUUAACUGCAAACUUAAUUUCUUAGAACACCAUUUGGGCUAGUUUCUGUAUAAGUGUAAAUACUACAAAAACUUAUUUAUACUGUUCUUAUCUCAUUUGUUACGUUCAUAGAUUUAUAUGAUAUGACAUCUGGCUAAAAUAAAAGCAAAUUGUUGCAAAACUAACCACUAUGUACUUUUUUAUAAAUACUGUUAUGAACAAAAAGGACAUUUUUUUAUAUUAAAUUGUUUAGCUCUGGCAAAAACCAAUUUAGUUGAAAAGCUGGUACUAAUAAAGGAAUAUUAUGACUGUUAA